CGCGCCUCGUUUCUAGGGGCGGAGGCGCUGGAGGCUGUGGAGCGUGCGAGCUGCAGAUGUCCUCCGGCUCGGCGCUCCUCCUGCCUCCGCUCGCGGCCGGGCCAUCCAGCCUAUGGAUUUGUUAUGAGACUUUCUACUCAUAAUAAGUUACAACGAUGUGGACAUUAUACAGAGAUUAGGAAGUGGCUACCUGAACUCUUUUCCAAAGGAUAAACAUUACAAAGCAUUGAAUACGGCAGUUCACCAAGAAGGUCCUAUUGGUUUGGGGCGAGCACUACUUCCAGCAGCCAGAAGGGAUGCUGCUGCCCAGGAGCCGUCCGACACCAGCCCCUCCUCAGAAGGCUUCCUGUAGGCUCUGGGCCACGAUGGGGAAACUGCAGAGCAAACUCAGACACAGCACUUAUAAAUACAGCAGGCCUGAUGGAAUUAUAGAAGAGAGAACUCAAACUAACGCUUUUCAAGAGUAUAGCCCAGCUCACGUGGAUACCGUCUCUGUUGUUGCUGCUCUGAACUCAGACCUUUGUGUCUCCGGAGGAAAAGAUAAGACAGUUGUGGCCUAUAAUUGGAAAACUGGAAAUGUGGUGAAAAGGUUCAAAGGACACGAACGUGAGGUCACCAAGGUAUCCUGUGUUCACAAAUCAGACCAGUUCUUCAGCGCCUCUCGUGACAGGACGGUCAUGAUGUGGGACUUGCACGGCUCCGUGCAACCGAGGCAGCACUUCUCUGGCCAUGCCAUGGUGGUCACUGGAGUGGCUGUGAGUCCAGACUCGUCACAGCUGUGCACUGGCUCCCGGGACAACAGCCUGCUUCUGUGGGAUGUGGGGACCGGACAGUGUGUGGAGAGAGCUGCUGUCUCCAGGAACCUGGUCACUCACCUGUGCUGGGUCCCCAGAGAACCGUAUGUCCUACAGACUUCUGAAGAUAAAACCAUCAGAUUAUGGGACAGUCGGGGGCUACAGGUAGCUCAUCAGUUUCCCACAAAGCAGCAUAUCCAGACCUACUGCGAGGCCAGUGAGGAUGGACACAUGUGCAUCUCCUGCAGCAGUGGCUUUGGAGGGGAGGGCUGUGAAGCCACAUUGUGGGACCUAAGGCAGACACGGAACAGAAUACGCGAGUAUAAGGGGCACUUCCAGACUGUUGCAUCCUGUGUCUUUCUACCAAGAGCAUUGGCCUUGAUGCCUGUCGUUGCUACCUCAUCACAUGACUGCAGGGUGAAGAUUUGGAACCGAGAUACUGGAGCCUGCCUUUCCACCUUGUCUCUGGAUGGAUCGGGACCUUUGACUUCCCUGGCUGUUGGCGACACCAGGUCCUUGUUGUGUGCAAGUUUCAGCAGAGGAAUUCACUUACUCAGAGUGGACCACGGCCCAGGGCUGGAGCUGCGGGAAGUGGCAGCAUUCUGAGGCCAAGAGACGUUCACCUGACAAUAGCAAACUGCGGCCCCUCCUUUCUCAGUGUGGCUUUGUUUUUCCGUGUGACCUCGAGGGGAGGGCGAUGUGGGGCUGAGGCUCUUUGUUUCGGUUCAUUUGGAAGGUAUAUCAGUGUCAGAAGUCAAUUUAAGUCCAGUGGUUGAUAAUCAGGUGCGUGCAGAGUUUAGAAACAUGGAGGUAAACAAAGUUUUCAUCUAAGUUAAAUCCAAAUGCAAUUUUUAGUGAACUUUUGGGACUGCUCUUCAAAAAAACAAGUCUUUGGCUCAAACUGAUAACCUGUAGGUAUAAGAGAAAGAGGCCUCUGAGAGUCAGCACGCAGGGUCUGAGUCUGAGUCCAUUGAUCUGACCUUUUCCAGGACUCCACAAAAGAAAAAAACACAGGAGGGAGAGAAACUCUGUUUUGGUUGCCUCCCAAUUAUCUAGAUGGGAGAGAAUAGUGCAGCCCCAUAGAGGAAACGGAUUGCAGACAUGGGAUGGAGCUCCAGUCAGCAACGUAAAGAAUCAGUUGGGCAAGAAAGCCAAAGCCUCAGCUUCUACUGGGAGUAGCCACAGAGUGGGGGGGGUGGCACAGGCUGCCUGCUCCUGGUGCCUGCCUGCAUGGUGCUGAGGUCGUGUGAAAAUAAGACCUGGCAUGGCUCGAAGCGCCUGACAACCACAGGGCCUUGUCCAGGGUUGUGGGAGUCGUCAGACCUGUUCUGCAGAUGAGAAAAUGGAGAAGUUCUGAGAUCGAGGCGAAAAAAUUUCAUUUGUACAUUUUAAUAGUUUUAUAUAAACCCUUUCUUGGGAAUGGCCAGCGUGAGGCAAACGGAAUCUCUGCAAUAAUAGAACGUAGAAGAAAAAAUAGAGAAUGGACUCACCUGGGCG